CUGGCCCCUGUUGACCCUGCCUAGAACCGACCAUGUCUCGGACACAAUUUAAACUCCGUGGUCACUUGCUGUCUGCAGUGAGCUUCUUCAACCGUACGACAUUCAAUGUCAAACUUCAGUUGUUAAGUUAAGUUGUUUUAGGAGGUUAACGGUGCAGUGAUUUGAGAGGGGACGCGAUGGGGAUGAAUGGACAGAAUGGCACCUACACAGUUUCUGUGUCUGAUUCUAAAGGAUACCCACAGUCGCUUAAAAAGGUGGAGUCGCGCGGACACUGGGGGAAUAAAGCCGAGUUCAUCCUGACUGUGAUGGGAGCUAUCAUCGGACCCGGGAAUGUGUGGAGAUUUCCUCACCUGUGCUACAGAAACGGCGGAGGUGUGUUCUUCAUCCCUUACAUCCUCUUCAUAUUUACAUGUGGAGUCCCCUUAUUCUUCCUCGAGACUGCCUUGGGACAAUACACCAGCCAAGGGGCGACAACUUGCUGGAGAAAUAUUUGUCCGCUUUUCCAGGGAAUUGGCUUUGCCAGUCACUUAAUCAUUGCAUUCAGUGGCACCUCCUAUAUUGUCAUCCUUGCUUGGGCGUUUUUUUACUUGUUCUCAUCCUUCAGUGCAGAAUUGCCCUGGACCACAUGUGGAAACUAUUGGAACACAGAGUCAUGCUUGGACUUAAACCAGCUCAACAUGUCCCUAAGUAAUAUAUCCAGACUGAACACUACUCUUCCUGUUGUGGAGUUCUGGGAGCGGAGAGUUUUGAAAAUCUCUGGAGGUAUCGAAGAGGUGGGCAGCUUGAGGUGGGAACUGGUCCUGUGUCUCAUCCUGAGCUGGGUCAUCUGCUACUUCUGUGUUUGGAAGGGCAUCAAGUCAACAGGAAAGGCAGCUUACUUCACAGCCACCUUUCCCUACGUUAUGCUGUUGGUUCUGCUCAUACGCGGCGUUACCUUACCCGGGGCAAUGGAUGGAAUCAUUUAUUACCUCUACCCUGAUAUCUCUCGCCUUUCAGAUCCCCAGGUGUGGAUGGAUGCUGGCACUCAGAUUUUCUUCUCUUAUGCGAUUGGCCUUGGGUUUCUAACCUCUCUUGGGAGCUAUAACACGUACAACAAUGACUGUUACAAGGAUUGCUUCUACUUGUGUUUACUGAACAGUGCCACCAGCGUUGUGGCAGGCUUUGCCGUUUUCUCUAUUUUGGGUUUUAUGACCUACGAACAAGGAGUGGAUAUAUCUGAAGUAGCCCAAUCAGGUCCAGGUUUGGCAUUCAUUGCCUUCCCACGAGCUGUAACCAUGAUGCCCAUGCCUCAAGUGUGGUCGGUGUGUUUCUUCCUCAUGAUCAUUCUGCUUGGAUUGGACAGUCAGUUUGUUGGUCUUGAGUGCCUGAUGACAUCACUGGUUGAUCUGUUCCCGACACAUCUGCGCAAGGGCUGCAGACGUGAGCUCGUUCUGCUCGCUAUCUGCAGUACCUGCUGUCUGCUGGGAUUCACUCUGGUCACAGAAGGAGGUUUGUACCUGCUUCAGCUGCUGGACCAUCAUGUCUGCAGCGGCACCACCCUGCUCCUGCUCUCCCUCAGCCAGUCUGUUAGCAUUGCCUGGGUGUACGGUGCUGACCGUUUCUAUGGCAACAUAACACACAUGAUUGGCUAUCGUCCAUCUCCGUUUAUGAAGUACUGUUGGAGCUACAUCACUCCCUUGUUCUGCUUAGGCACAUUCAUAUUCUCUAUCGUCAAAUAUUCCCCGUUGAAGUUCAGUAAGGCCUAUGUUUAUCCCCUCUGGGCAAACAUCUUGGGCUGGUUCAUCGCAAGUGUCUCCCUGUCCCUCAUCCCACUUUUUGUGUUAUAUCAAGUAAUGCAGGGGGAAGGCACUCUGCGACAGAGAUUAUGGGUGCUCUGCCAGCCUGUGGACGACCUCCCUGGGCUUCCUACGCUGGAAGACAGUGGCACCACUGCCCACACCGAGCUCAAACCAUUAUCCCACACAAGGGAAAUCACUCCAUGAACACAGGCUGUUAUGCUGAGAGAUGUUUUAUAAACAAGGGUGGGAUUUUCCUGGGCCAAAAUCCUCAGACUUCCAAGGAUUUUUGCAGUAAAACAGUUCUUGCCCCAAAAAAAAGAAAACCUCAUUUAUAAAGUUUUAUGGCCUAUCCUUGGGAGGCCAAAUUGGCCCUAAAACAACUUAACACUGACCCAAAUAAACCACAGAAAAACAAUUAAAACCACUAAAUCCAUGGAAUCUAAUAACAGUCUUCCAAGUUACCAAGCCAUCUCAUCUCUAUCGCCAACCGGCACAAAUCUUAACUCAACAAACACUCAAAAUCCCACGCUGAGACGCAAUAAUGCAUUUCAUUUACCCAAUUUUUUUUUUUUUUUUUUUUUUUACUCCUUGUAGUUACGAGAUCUUUUUCAUAAUGACCUGGAUCUCACCUCUGGGGCUGUUUACGAAACGGCCUACUAUUCUAGUAGUACGUACUGAUUCGGCCAAAAUGCAUUAUGCAGUAUGUGAACAAAAGCAAGAUCUGCAGUACACCAAAAAUACCCAGAUGUGGUAAUGAUUCGGAAAGAAAGUACAGUUUACAUCAGGCCAGCCCGGUGUACCGUUUCCCACGAUUCAAAGCACCAGCAAUGAGCAUUGCGACAGGGGAAAUAAUCACUACAUAUGUGUGCAGUACUACAUACUGCAUACUACAUUCCAUAUGGUUUUUCGAAAAAACAUCCUCAGUCUUCAGUAAUGUUGUGGACAGUAAUGAUGGCCCAAAGGAGUUCAUGUUUUUAUUUCUUCCUCUUUAUGAGACCGUGGGGAAUAUGAGCGGUGCUUGAGCCUGAGGAUGUAAAUCAGUCUGUCAACACUCCACAGGCAUCUCAAGUCGUUGGGAUUAUUCAGGCCCAAAUCUGAGUCUGAUGUGCUGGAAGUCGCUCUCUUCCUGCGGAAACAGUUAUAAAUAUGUACAGCAGUACAAAUAUGCAAUGCUUCAUGGUUAAUGGUUAGUGUGUAAGAAAUGCCACAGAAAACUGAUCCUCAAGAAGUACAGCUGAGUCAGAACAUUUACAUCUUCUUGCUACUUUGUUGUCGACAAAUUACUGCACACUAGUCAAAGUAUAACUUUGAUCAAAGGUAUUUAGAACACCUGAGGCUGAGUGACCACAUUUAUGUCCUGUUGCACUCUUUAUGGACACUGCCUCUUGUCCAAUCAAGUGACUAGACUGGAAAUAGACUAUUGUUGUUUCAUUUAGAACAUUAAGGUACUGGCUAUAUUAUGUAAACCCUUUCGCUCAGUGAUGUUUCCAACUUUUUUUCUCAUAAUGCUUCAGUAUAUUUGUUUCUUUUAAUCAAGUACCACAUGUAUGCAAACUGGUGCUUUAAAUGUCCUUAUACAGUAGAAUGUACUCUAACAAGUGCCUUAUAACAUUUCACUGUACUAUACAACAAUGUAACUGUAAGUUUGUACACCUUCAACAGAAUAAACAUUUAGUCUUUUAUAAUGGACUGCUCAAUAA